GCUCAGCAGAGUGAGCGUGCGUGAGCUCGGUUGAAUCGGAAAUGCUCCCCGUGCAGGGCAGGCUCACUCUCACUGAGGUUUGAGGCACAGCCCCGCAGGAGACACGGCAGUAGCACAUCUCAACUUUCCUCAGUUUGCUGGUUCGGAACCUACAACCUCUAAUUGAUUUUUUUACGUGGACUAUUGCUUUCAUACGAGCUCGGUAUCAGUUCUAAAAGCAUGCGGGGAUGCCCAUGCGAACUUUAUCGAGUGGUUUUGUUUAUUUUUAUGCUGAAGUGAUUUCCUCGCCGCUUCAUAUAAACUCUCCGCGAGUGACACGUGUAUAAGCGCGUGCAUUUUUCCGUGUCUGGAUGACUGUGGGAUCGGUGUGGAUGCCCCCGGCGGUUUGUUAUUGUUGUUGGGAAAAUAGCGCGUUUUGGAGUGUACGUUAUUAGGCUGCUGUUAGCUUUAGCAUAGCAAAGGCCUUGUCUGCAGUCUCGUUUUGCAGUACGAGUAUCAAACUGCUGUUGUGUUGGCUGUGGACAGACGUACACACACUCACGUUCAUCAUUUGGACACUCAAAAGUGUUUUAAUUUCCAAAGCAGUGCAACUUCGAGCUGUAUGAAGUGUUUCGACUUCACCUGGGAGCUGCUGCCGAAUACGAAGAGAACCUCCUGGUCAGCACAACAGUAUACGGAUGCAACAGCCUCAUGCAACAUCAGAAACCGAUGCUUCUCCUGAUGCAUCUGAAAAUGACUAUAGGAUAUAGGACGAAUAACAGCUAAAAACAAAAGCCCAAUGAGUGACACACGGUCCACAGUCACUGACAGAACCAGUAGCAUUCUCAACAGAGACCACCCUCCCGACAAAAGCCCCAAAAGUGAUAAGCUGCCCGGUACCCCUACACACGAGUUUGACCCUACAGACGUGCUGGUGCAGAAGAGUGGAUUUGUAGUGGCUGACAGGAGACCUGAGUCUUGUGGACUGGUUCAGAGAUGUGUGAUCAUUCAGAAAGAUGAGAACGGCUUUGGGCUGACCGUCAGUGGGGACAACCCUGUUUUCGUACAACUCGUCAAACAGGAUGGCGCUGCCAUGCGUGCAGGUGUUCAGACGGGGGACAGGAUCAUUAAGGUGAACGGGACCUUGGUGACACAAUCAAACCAUGUGGAAGUGGUGAAUUUAAUCAAAUCCGGUUCUUAUGUGGCCCUCACAUUAUUAGGCCGACCUCCCGGGUCACCUCAGAUCCCCCUCUCUGAGGUAAACCUGGGUCUUGAGUCACCGGGGUGUUUCGGGGACCCUUUUGUUACAUCUCCCAACUCUUACAAUGCAGCGGAACGCACAUCCUCUCCCCUUGUACCAUGGGAAGAGAACAGUGCUUCACACAACCAAAGAAUGGACAACAAGAGGAUGGUGUCCAAGGAGCAACAGGACAUGCAGGGACUAAUGGAGGACUACAGCAGAACUCAUACAGCCAAACCACUACGGGACAUCCAGGAAGCCAAGAAGCACAUUCCACAUCAGCAGGGCCAGCUCAACAGGGCUACACAUGAGGGUAUGCAUCUCAGGAACAGUGAAGAUGGCUGUUGGGUGGAUGAGGAUCAAUAUAAGGGAGAUUUCAGCCCAGAGGGUUUCUGGAGUGGAAGUUCAGUAAGUGAAGUCCAGCACCGGUUCUAUCUGGCCUCUCCAGAGAGCCGAAGGGCCUCCAACUGUUCCAGUCCAAAGAGCACCCCCAGAGACAGCCUCAACUCGUGCCCGUCCCCUGAGGUCGAGGACCGUUCUGACCUAGAUUCUCGUUUCCAAUCCUCCAUAGGGAGCCCACCCUCCCGCCUGGCUUCGGAGAUCAUUGCUGCUGAAGAUGAUGACUUUGACACCGAGCAGGAGCAGGUGAACGGCCAGUGCAGCUGCUUCCAGAAUAUCGAGCUGCUCAAGACUCGCCCUGCUCAUCUUGCCGCCUUUCUGCACCAUGUGAUCUCCCAGUUUGACCCUGCACCUCUUCUUUGCUAUCUGUACGCUGACCUCUACAAACAGACCAACUCCAAAGAAAUGCGGCGCAUCUUCAUGGACUUCUUGACUUUCUUCAUAGACCGGGGGGCAAAUUUGAAGGUCGCUGUGCCCGAAUCCAUCUCCACUGAGCUCGAUCGGCGGAGACCAGAGCUGAUUCCUGAGGAAUUGCACAGGCAGUAUAUACAGACAAUGCAGGAAACGCUCCUUCCUGAUGUUUACAGAAACUUGGAGGACUUCAGGCAGAAGCGCAGUAUGGGUUUGACCCUGGCUGAUGUAGAGCUGUCUCGGCUGGACUCUGAACAGCUGGCUCUAGAGAGAGAGCGAUCAUGUGCUGAAAACAUCCUCUCCAAGAUAGAUGACAUUCUGUUGACUUCACAACCCACAGAAGAGGAGAAAUGCACCACCAUACAGUACGUGAUCUUCAUGUACAUGAAGCAUCUGGGAGUUCGGGUGAAAGAGCAACGAAACCUGGAGUCCAAACGAGUUCGAAUUAAUUUUCUUCCUUCCAAACUGAGGAAAAGCAAAACCGAAAAGGAAGGGGAGGAGAAACUGAAAAAGCCUCGCUUCCCCAUCCGGGUUCCCCCGCGGUGGCCUAGUCGUAUCGAUUCAUUACCGUCGGGGAGGGCCGGGGACAACAUCAAGCACAGGCCUCAGAAGCAGAUGUCUCAGCCAGCGAUGGGCAGCUCAGACCUAAUAGAAGGAGGACGUAUGCGGGGCAGUCAGUCAAGUGAGGGCUCUGACCUCCUACAGAGCCCGGGGUUGAUCACCUCUCCUCCCUUCAGCGCCCCUUACGGCUCACCGACAGAUCCCUCUGGCAGGGACCCAGAGUUUAAUAGCCCGUCUGCGGUGGUUCCCCGGCUCAGUGAUGGGGUGCCGUCUGGAGAUGUGCUGGACAGCAUCUACCCACCCUGUGACUACAUCCCAUACACCAUGGACCAGCUAGAUGAAGACAGAGAUGGAGACAGACUCCAUGAUGUGGGCACACCUAAACUGAGUAGAAGGUUUGAGGAGCUGCAGAGUGAGGAUGAUCAGGGGAGUGAUGUUUACUCUGAUGUAGAUCCUCCAAACUGGCAGCAGCUGGUCGGGCGUGAUGUUUUAGCUGGCCUGACACCCCACGAGAUCAAGAGACAAGAAGUCAUUAAUGAACUCUUCUACACGGAGCGAGCCCAUGUACGGAUGCUGAAGGUCCUAGACAGUGUUUUCUACCAGAAGCUCACCCGAGAAAACAUACUGCCCGUUGCUGACAUCAAAAACAUAUUCACCAACCUAGAGGAAAUCAUCCAAUUGCACAUGAGGAUAGCGGAUCAAAUGACAGCGAUACGCAAGAAGAACGAGUCGUCGGUCAUCGACCACAUAGGAGAUGAGUUGCUGUCUUGGUUCAGUGGUGGAGAGGAGGAAAAGAUCAUGCAAGCAGUGGGCACUUUCUGCAGUAACCAGCCCUUCGCCCUGGAGCUCAUCAAAUCCCGGCAGAAGAAGGACCAGCGAUUCACCUCCUUCAUGCAGGAGGCUGAAAGCAAUCGUCUGUGUCGACGACUACAGCUAAAGGACAUCAUUCCUGCAGAGAUGCAGAGGUUCACCAAGUACCCCUUACUGAUGGACAACAUUGCCAAGUACACAGAUGAGUCAGAGGAGAAAGUCAAAGUGAGACGAGCAGCCGAAUGCUGUCGACAGAUUCUCAACCACGUCAACCAGUCUGUGAAGGAGUCAGAGAAUAAACAGAGACUGGAAGACUACCAGAGACGGCUGGACCUCUCUUCCCUCAAGCAGAGCGAGAACCCCAUGAUUUCUGAGUUUAAGAACCUGGAUCUCACUAAACGAAAGAUGGUCCAUGAGGGUCCCCUGUCCUGGAAGAUUAACAAAGACAAAACUAUUGAGCUAUAUACUUUACUCCUGGAAGACAUCCUUGUGCUGCUGCAGAAGCAGGACGAGCGUCUUAUUCUCAGGUGUCAGAGUAAGAACCUCGCAGGAACGGCUGACACGAAACACAUUUUUAGUCCCAUCAUCAAGCUCAGCACUGUGUUGGUGCGCUCGGUGGCGACAGAUAACAGAUCAUUUUUCGUGAUCUCCAUGUCCAAAAACGGAGCUCAGAUCUAUGAGCUUAUGGCCCAAACAGUGUCCGAGCAGAGAAUGUGGCAAGGGCAGAUCGCUCAGAGGGCCGAAGUUAAGAACGCCAAACCCCACAGCGUUAUUCCUUUACCUCAGCACGAUGGCGACAGAGACGGUGUUGAGUUAAGCAAGUUCAGCAAAGGCUCUGAUCGAAUCUCCACAGGAAGCAUCCAGUCCGCAGAGAAAGACAGUGAAUUUUCGCCCUCGGCAGCCCUGCGGGACUGUGUCCCGGACGCCAACCCUGGGGAAGAGGACCAGUUACCCAGAGCUGGCAGGGAUGACUCGUAUCUGGACUCCGUACUCUUGAACGGCAGGGACGCAGACUCUCUAUCAUGUUCAUCUAAAGCAGAUGAGGCCCUUAAAACAUUGGCGGCUCUGAAGCAGGUGCUGUUGACUCAGCUGAUGGCUCAGGAUGAGGGUGAACGAUUGGGUCGAUCGGCUGGCAGUCGUCUCCUCAGGACCACCUCUCUACGCACGCCGGUGGAGCACAGCUCUGCUCGCUCCCCUAGUCGAGCUCAGGACUACACUUCUGGAGACACAGGCUUCUACGAGUGCCCAGAAGACUACGCAGCCUACCUGGUUCUGGAGGGGUACGGCGGCUCAGGCGAGAGCAGUACAGAUGAUGAUAUUCAGGUCAGGAGAAAGGAGCCGAGUUUGGCCCACAGCUGUGCUGCUGACUCGGGCAUCAGUCUCAGGUUCUCCUCACCAUCCUCAGGCAGCACGUCUCGCCUCAGCAAACAGGUCCUCUCCCAUCUUCGCUGCCUGCAGGCCAACCUCAACCACCUCAAGGAGAUGGAAACUAAGUAUUAUAAUCUACUUCGCCAAAGGCCUGUUGGGUCAGCCGCAGAUGCAGACGAAAGCAGAGAUAAGAAAUAGAGUGGCAGAAGUUUCUGGCUCCUGUGAUGACGGGGGCAUCAUCUCUAUCCGUAACAUGCUCCGCACAAGCCUGUCUUCCUCACUGCUGAACACCUCCAUCCUAAAAUGAGGGGAAUAUUCUAAAAAGGCCUCUUGCUUCUGUCAGCGCUCGUCAAUUAGGGAAGACGGACUGUCUCCUCUCAAACUUACCUGUCCCGAGUACAUGUCCUCAUUCCAGCAAACGUGGGCAGCCCAGUCCUCUCCUUCCCCUGCAGACUUAGCUAGAGAACGGAGAACUUUACCAAAUUGUACAAAGCUGUGUGUUUAAUAUAUAUAUGUAAGAAACACAAGUUGAGAGAGGAAUUUUUUUUAAAACUAAUGUAUUAAGUUUUUUCUUCCUUUUUUAAAUCCCAAGAUGUAUUUAUUUUUCUUUUUAGUGUUUUCCAUGUUUCUCGCAUGCUUUUGGCUGUUGAAACUCUUAAGCCGUCUGUUGCUGUAGGCUUCAGUAUGACUGAACAGGGUGAGUGCUUCAGAAUUAAGACUCUUUUCUCCCCCCACAAUUUUUAUUUUUUAUUUUUUUGCGUGGAAGCCCAAGUCUGUGCAGUACAUGAAGAGAAGUUUUUGCUCAAGGCCUCUCAGUUCCUCCAGCCAGCUGACAUUCCUCCCAGAGCCUUGGACUCAUUCAUUUGCCCCAGAGACCCUCCUGCUGAGAUGAAGAGUGGAUGGAGCUCAGGCUCUCCUGGUCUGUAGCUACAUUUUGAUGACUGCAAAAAGAGAAGGAUUACCAUCAAAAUGGAAAGUGAUGCAAAACCUGGAAAUAAAGAUGCAAUGACAAAACCUCUGUACUGAU